GCCAAGCUAGUGCAACAACCAUCUCAACAAACAUCAACAACAACAACAACAACAUCAACAGCAACAGGAGCAACAUAAAAAAUAGUAUAAAUAACAACACAAAUGAUGGUAUAACAAAUAUAACAAACACUGAAUGUAAUAGUGAUGAAACUGUAGUGCAACUAAAUGUAGAAGUAGAUAAUUACAGUAUUGACGGUGAUGGUGAUGGUGAAGGAGACAGUGAUUUCAAUGGAAUCGGUGGCUUAUCCCAAUACUCAACUUCACCAUCUUCGGCGACAGACAGAACUCAAUUCAGAGAUCCCGACAAAAAGACAAUCCCUUUUUGUGCAAAAUGCAAAAUCCACGGUCAAUAUUUUCCAGUUAAAAACCACAAGGAUCAAUGUAAACGGCGUUUCUGUAAUUGUGUUAACUGUAAGCUCAUCGACAAAGGGAAAACAUUACGAGGAAAAAAAGUCAAACGUGAUACAUCUUUAGAUUGCCGAUCAAAUCGCUCUAAUCGACGGGCAUCUCCCCGAGAUGUGAUGGCUUUGGCCGGUCAAUACAAAAGUGAUCUUAAAUGUUUAAUCUCCAAAGAACCAGGACCUGAAGGAAGCCGAAUGGAGAGACUGUUGAGUUCAAUUCUAAAUUUUUUACUAAAGAAAAACGGUUUCGAUGCAGAUUCAUUGAAGAAAAAAUUUCGAGCAGUUGCCAGAUUCAUUGAGGAAAAGAAACGAGGACGUAAUUGUAAUAUUCUUGGGGGAAUCAAUAGUUUACAUGGAGAAUCAAGUGAAGUCGUUGGACCGUCAAGUCCACCAUCAUUUACGGAACGUUUGAAUCUUGAUCGACCUCGACAUUUAUCAUCUUCUUCGGCAACGAAUUUCUCUCCACAGAGUUUAACUUGUUUAUCCACAAGUCCAAAUACUAUUAUAAUACCAACCAAUUUACCGCCUCCCUUGAUAUCCUCUUGUUCACCUUUAACUGGACCUGGAACUUUAACCUCUCCACCAACAGGAAUUCCCGGAGGAGGAACAGGAACCGUUUUAACCUUCACCCCGACUCCUUUGCUAUCGAAAAGCACCAAGGGAGCGAACAAUACUUCCUCUUUAUCAUCAUCUUCAGCCUCUUCUUCCAUUUCAUCUACCUCCUCAUCGGCAUCUUCUUCUCUCACCUCAGCUGCUGCCGCGGCCGCUGCGUGUUCGUCAAUUUUAUCUCUCACAGGAACAGAAUAUUCAGUCUCCUCCGUUACAGCGAUUCCUCAGCCAACCAUAUUUUCCUCUUCUCUUUUUUGUCCAACGUAUCCCUAUUCUCCUUUGGUGACCACUGGUGGUCCACUCCAAUCACCAUAUCAAACGAUCAACUGUCCAACUGGAAUCAUCCGAUCCCCAUCUUCCUCUGUCUCUCCUGGCAAAAGCUCAUUUUCACCUCACCAUCAACCCGUUAGCGCCCGAAAUAGUCCCAAUUCUUGUGCUAACUUCAAUAGGACAAAUCACAAUGUCAGCAUUCAUUUAGCCGACACUCUUCACAAAUCAACUAAUCAUCACAAUCACCAGCACGCGACAUCUUUAUACUCCUUCUUAGGAUCUAAUUCGGGUGCAAUUAAUCUCAGUAAAAGAUUAAAUUGAUCUGUGGUAAUCUCUUCAAAAGAGAAAUCAACAAAUCAAACAAAAUCAAAGACUAGUGAUCCAAAAUUCGUUAGGAUUAAACACAAAAAGAAAAUCAAAUUACCGCUUAAAAUUCAGAAUUUUUUGCUUAUUCUUUUCUCUCUUCUUCUUCCACCUUUUCGAAACAACAAACAAAUUGUUCAACUUCCUUUUCCUCUUCUCAUCUUGAUUUUAUAUUCUCUCUCUUUCCUUAAUCAUAUUGUUAAUCUUAAUCCAUCAUCACUAUCCACCAAUUCAACAUCAACAAUCAACAGAUUUCCUUCUGAAGAUCAAUGGAAACAAAUCCAAGUGAACAACCAACGAAAUCGAUGGACAAAAGAUGAAUAUAAGAUUAUAAGAUUAACGAUAUGACGAAUGGUUGACCCAAGACCGAAAUCCCGAAUCAAAAGAAACGGAAAAGGAAACAAAAUUCAAAAUCAAAAUAAUUUAACUAAUUAUCGAUAAUAUUAAAUAUUAACCAGACCAAGUCACUGACUAUAAACAAAGAAAAGCAAUCAACGACCUUACACCUUUAACACGAAGCUCAAACGUUUCGAAACCUUUUUUUUCAUCAUCUUCAUCGUCAUCAAAUCUAAAAAUUUGAAUUGAUCUUUGUUAGUUCAUCGUUAACAAUCAACAUGUUAUUUAAUCAUAUUCAUUUUGUCAACACAAUCAACACAAAGGAAAAGAACAAAAAAAACAUUCAACAAAUUGUUAGCAUUAAAAUGCAUCAUAAUCAUCAUCUUCUUUUCAAAUCAACACAA